GAAAGCGAAAAAAUAAAAUAAAAAAGCCCCCAAAGGAAGCGUGAACGGUAAAACGUCUCUCUUUUUCUUCGCACAUUCCUCGCCUCUCCCUAAUCUUAGACCCCUUAUCUCUCUCUUCCAAUUAAAACCCCAUUCUUGUCUCCUAAGCUUUCUCUGAUUUACCAAAUUUCUUAGAUUUUUUUUUUUUCUUCUUUUGUUUCCUCUUCAGAUUUCUUCCAAGAUCUGAACGAAAAUGGCGGUUCAAUCUCCGGCCGUACUGCCAAUCUCAAAUUCCCAACCCACAACUACCACUUCAUCCACUGCCACCUCCGUCGAAUCCCAACCUCCGAUCGCCACUCCCGCUUUCCGUGCAUUCCUCGGCCACCUCUCCGACUCUCUCCGCCACGGCCUUUCACAGCGCCGUCCUUGGUCUGAGCUCGUUGACCGUAACGGUUUUGCCAAGCCUGAGUCCUUCUCCGAAGCCACUCUUCGUAUCCGCAAGAACUAUUCCUAUUUCCGCGUUAAUUACCUCGCCGUCGUCGCCGCUAUCCUCGCCGUUUCCCUCCUCACUAACCCUUUUUCCCUUUUGGUCCUCCUUGGUCUCCUCUCCGCGUGGCUCUUCCUCUACCUUUUCCGUCCGUCCGAUCAGCCGCUUGUCAUCUUUGGCCGUACAUUCACCGACACGCAGACACUCUGGGGCUUGAUCGGACUCAGCGUGUUCGUGAUCUUUCUUACCAGUGUCGGAUCGCUCCUGAUCUCGGCUCUCAUGGUCGGAUUCGCUGUUGUCUGUGUCCACGGUGCGUUUAGGGUUCCGGAGGAUCUUUUCUUGGAUGAGCCGGAGAAUAACGCCUCCACUGGAUUCCUCUCUUUUCUCAGUACCGCUGCCUCCAAUGCCGCCACUGCCACUGCGCCUAUGGUCGCUGCACGCGUCUGAUGACAAACCAAUCUGGAUUGUGAUUAAUGGGAUCGUGGAGAUGGAAACGUGUUUCUGGGUAAUACAUACGCAUAUACAUAUUGUUCUUUGUUCAUUUGAAAAAAAUUUAGCUUUCCGGUAGAGAAUAAAGUUUGACAAGUUUUUGUCUUACAAAAAACUAUAGGAUUGGAUACUGCAAUGCCAUUUUGUAUGGAUCUGUGUUCUUUUAUUCUAUUUUUAGUUAGAAAUUUCGAUACUUUUUUUGAUGUUGAAUCUACAAGUUCCCUAUUCACUUUGUUCGAUUAAGUGGAUUUAAUAUGGUACAAAAUUUGUAAUCUUGAUUACAAUACAUAUUUAUUUUUUGUUCUAA